AUGGAUGCUUUCAGUGAACCUGGUAAGAUAUGUGCUGCAUAUAGACCUCAUGUGUCUUCUGUAGUUGAAGAAUAUAAACAGUGUGAAAGGUCUUUCACUGAGAAGACACACCUUAUUCUCCCUCAGAGAACACAAACAGGAGAGAAUCCUUAUGAAUGUAAUAUGUGUGAAAAGAUUUUCACAUGUAAGAAUUCACACCUUACUGUCCACCAGAGAAGACACACAAGAGAGAAACCUUUUGAAUGUAACAUUUGUGAAAUGUCUUUCACCUGUAAGUCAAGCCUUACUAUUCACCAGAGGACACACACAGAAGAGAAACCUUAUGAAUGUAAUGUGUGUGGAAAGUCUUUCACCCGGAAGCGAAACCUUACUGGCCACCAGAGAACACACACAGGAGAGAGACCUUAUGAAUGUAACGUGUGUGGAAAGUCUUUCACCUGGAAGACAAACCUUACUGUCCACCAGAGAACACACACAAGAGAGAAACCUUAUGAAUGUAACAUGUGUGGAAAGUCUUUUUCUGGCAAGCCAGGCCUUACUGGCCACCAGCGAACACACAUAGGAGAUAAACCUUAUGAGUGUAACAUGUGUGAAAAGUCUUUCACCUGGAAGUCAAACUUCAUUGUCCACCAGAGAACACACACAGGAGAGAAACCUUAUGAAUGUAACACAUGUGGAAAGUCUUUCACCCGGAAGGCAUACCUUACUUUCCACCAGAGAACACACAGUGGAGAGAAACCUUAUGAAUGUAACUUGUGUGGAAAGUCUUUCUCCAAGAAGGUACAAUUUACUGUCCACCAGAGUACACACACAGGAGAGAGACCUUAUGAAUGUAACUUGUGCGGAAAGUCUUUUACCUGGAAGUCAUCGUUCACUGCCCAUCAGAGAACACACACAGGAAAGAAACCUUAUGAAUGUCAUAUGUGUGGAAAGUCUUUUAGACAGCAGGUAUACUUUACUCUCCACCAGAGAACACACACAGGAGAAAAACCUUAUGAAUGUACCAUUUGUGGAAAUUCUUUCACCCAGAAGUCAAACCUUACUUGCCACCAGAGAACACACACAAGAGAGAAACCUUAUGAAUUACUUCCCAAAAAUGUUCAUCACAGCUGGAUUGAAAGAGUAUUUGGGAAAUGUGGCAACGUUGUUUACAUAAGUAUACCACAUUAUAAGUCUACUGGAGAUCCAAAAGGAUUUGUGUUUGUGGAGUUUGAAACAAAGGAGCAGGCAGCAAAAGCUAUUGAGGUCCCCCUAGGAAACUUGCUGACCAACCCCCUUCCGCGAAACUAUGUGGAUGGAAAAACACCAGAGAGGGCGAGGCAAAAUGUUGUGGUUAAACAGUUAACCGGGAAUGAGGAACAAAGAGUCUCUGAGUUAACAAUUGAAGGGCAAGUACGGACAUGUACGGACAUGUCAGCCAACCCAACUGCCUGUGGAAAGUCCCACCACUAA